AUGCGCCUAGUUCUGAUGAUUGCCCUCGUGGCAAAUGUCUUAGCAACCAACAUACUUCUACCACUCUACGUCUGGCCGGCAAGUGGAGCUUGGAACAACGUAUACGAGGCUAUCGAGAUGAAUAGCCAGCUCACUUUUCAAAUCAUCAUCAAUCCUAACUCCGGCCCCGGAGUCAACGGCAUCUUCUUCGACGAAAUACCCAACGAAGAAGACCAGGGCGACAGCGAGAGCGUUACAUUUUUAGCAUCGCUGGUCAAGGCUGCAAGGUCCACCUUCGGUGUCCACCCUUUCAAGAGCAUAUUCAACCCCGGCACAAUCCCACAACACACCGAGCUAUAUGAUUUGGCGGACUACAUAGUCGUUUUUGAGUCAGAGGCUUCCUCGUACAAAGAAGCGGUCCUUUCAAGUCAUAUUCCAUCUGGGAAGGCGAGUAAAUCAUCCAUCUUAGUGUACAACUUUGAGAGAGAGGGAGACAAGGGACAACUCGAGACUUGGUUGCAAGGUAUGAUAUCCAUUGGAGUGGGUAGCGCCAACAUUCUGAAUGCAGGGUACGACGAGGCCACCAGUGAUGACGACCCGGCUGGUAUUUCAACUGUCGCUUCAAUAUUGUCUGCUGGGGUCAGAUCCACAGCCACGCCUCCCAACGGCACCAGUUGCAGAUGUCAUUCGGGAGGGCAUCCUGGUGGGCUUUGA